CAUGAGUGGACCAAUAUUCGGAAGCAGUAGUGCGCUGGGUGGUAGUUCCGGUGGGAAUCGACAUCUAGUCGAAUUCCGUGCGGGGCGUAUGAAUAUGGUAAACAAGAUGGUUCAUGCGGACAACCGAAAGGGAUUGGUGUACGUGUAUCAGGCGGAAGAUGGUUUAAUACACUUCUGUUGGAAGGAUCGCACCUCCGGAACUGUCGAGGACGAUCUAAUUUUGUUCCCGGACGAUUGCGAGUUCAAGAAGCUCGAUUAUGUAAAGAAUGGUCGGGUUUACGUGUUGAAAUUCAAGUCUUCCAGCCGCAGACUGUUCUUCUGGAUGCAGGAACCGAAAACAGAUCGGGACGAUGAAUGGUGCCGUCGUAUUAACGAAGUGAUCAACAAUCCUCCGUCGGGCAAUAGCAUCGGUUCCGGCGGAAGAAGCAGUGGCAAUGAUAAUGGCGAUUUGCAGUACAUGUUAAACAACAUGUCGCAACAACAGAUAAUGCAGCUGUUCGGUGGUGUUGGACAAAUGGGGGGGUUGAGCAGUCUCCUAGGCUCCAUGACCCGCUCAAACUCGGGCAAUUCGAGCAGCCGAACUAGUGCAGCGACUCCGUCAAACCGUAGUAGUAGCACCAUUUCAGCGAGCAAUAAUGGAAACGGUGGUAGCACCACAACGCCAACCACAACCGUGAAUGCACCAUCUACACCUCGAGCGCCGAAGAAAACUGGCGGCAAUACGACGAAACCCACCACUGGUUCGGGCGCAUCUACUGCUAGCUCACCGAUGAGUACCCCGGUCGGACGAAAUGCAGCUGGUACCGCUGGCAACGCAAACGCUGACGGAGGAUCAAGAAUUUUGCUCUCAGACCUGCAAAAUUAUCUAUCCGGUAUAAGUGCGACAGGUGUGGAUGGAACCGGCUCGAGGCAAAACAUCGAUCUGGCAUCCGCCGUUAACUCGCAAACGUUGGCGUCAAUCAUUUCGGACCAGGAAAAGGUGGACGCGCUGGUCGCACACCUACCUCAGCUGGAAGGUGACGAGAACAAGAAAGAACAAUUGAAGGAAACCAUUUCCUCGCCCCAAUUUCAGCAAGCCCUUUCCAUGUUCUCCAAUGCGCUGCAGUCCGGCCAGCUCGGUCCGGUGGUUUCACAGUUUCAGCUAAACGCGGAAGCUGUCGCAGCAGCCAACGCUGGGGACUUGGAACAGUUUGUGAAAGCGCUGGAAAAUAGCGAAAAAUCGCCCGCCGAUGCAUCGUCAGGCACGGCCAGCAGCAAGCAAUCGGCCGGAUCUGGUGCGACCAGUGCCGUCGCUGCCGGCACCGAACCGUCGAAAUCGUCCGAGGUGACGAAGGAGGAGAACGGGCACGGUAAAACGCAAAAGAAAGACCAGGACGAUGAAAUGGCUGGAUAGGAUACAGAACA